UCCGUUUUAAUGUUUUCCUAAUCGACUGCUGAAAAAUGAAUCUAGAUUAUCAUUCAGCUCAAGAAGAUUUUAAUGUCAUCAUAAGAAAGUUACAACCAUGGGUUUUAUCUAACUUUGUGAUGUGGUUGGAUAUAAAAGUUGCAGAAUAUAAGAUAUUUGGGUGCAUUUUAAAUGAAGCAGAAAAAGACAGAGCAAGGUCUUAUGUACUUGGAAUCUGUCAAUCUAGUACAAACACUACCAAUGAACAAUUACAACAGAAGGAAUCAUCAUGUUAUUUACAAACAAUAGCUCCAAAGUUAUCAACUAAGAUUCCAAGACAAAGACAGAAUGUAGAACAAAGUGAUCCAGGAAACCAAACUUAUAAAGAGCAUGAACAUUAUAAAAACUCUUCUAGAAGAACAAACAAUCACAAACAGGGUAGUGAGUUGCACAUUUUUCCAACUGCAUAUCAAAAGCAACAAAUCAUACAUCAACCUGAACAAGAAAAACUUCAUGGAAAUCCUACGUCCAAUUCUUCUGAUUCAGUAGAAUAUAUUAACUUAGACAGUGAAGAUGAAGAAGAAUCAUUAAGAGAAGAUAACUCCCUUGAAGUAAAUUUGAUAAGAGAUCCUCAAUUUUCUAAAGAUGUUGUAGAAAGGCUUGCAAUUUAUGAACAACAUCUAUCUGGUUCUGUAUCUGUUAUAAAAUUAGAACUUCCAGAUAAUAUUGGUGAUUUUGAACAGCAGCAGGAAGAGUUCCCAAUAAAUACUGAUUUAUGUGAGAAUUCAGGGAGUAUAUAUAUGAACUCAAAUGAAAUUAUUAAUGCAGAAGCUAUUAUUAAAACAGAAGGCAGACAAUCUGUUGUUACAUGUAAUUAUACUGAAAGUGGCAACAAACCUGGAACAACCCCAGCAGAAAACAGUGAAGAAGAAAAUAGACAUGUACUGAAAGUGUUUAGUGAUAUGUCAUAUCCUUGGGAUGGCUUCAACAUGUGUAGUACAUGUUUUGGCUUAUUUGGUUCAGUAACAGAAUUACAGAACCAUUUUAAAGUUCACCAUCCUGGUAGUGUAAUGCUUUCAACUUGUGUAUAUUGUGGGGGCAGUUUCUCCAGCAAUUUUCUAUUGAAGCAACAUUUUGUGACUUGUCGUAUGGGUAAACAUGACUUCACAUGUAUUUUGUGUGGAAAGUCAUUUAAACAGGGACAGCAUUUCAGAGGACAUUUGAACACACAUCUUGGUGUGCAGGCUUUCAAGUGUAAAACAUGUAAAAAAUCGUUUACAUAUAAAACUCAUUUGACUGUCCAUGAAAAGCAGUAUCAUAGUGGCAGCUUUAGUGGUAAAUUUGAAUGUGUUAUAUGUAAACGUAGGUAUCUUAAAAAGGUACAUUUAAAUGAACAUAUUCGUGGUUUUCAUGGAAAAGCAAAGCCAAGAUAUACAUGUGAAUUUUGUGAUGAAAAAUUUGUGUGGAGAGGAUCAUUUAUUAAACAUAAGAAGGCAAAAUGUAUGAAAAAUCCAAACAGAAUGUAAAAUGUCAAUACAUAGGCUAUAAUAUCAUGAAUAUACAUUAUAACUGCAAUUUCGUUUAAUAUUGUGCAACUUUUUCAGUUUUC